CGCGGCAUGCGCUGUCAAUUCUCUCUUCCAUUUUUAACCUAGACAGGGCACAAUGGUCCAACGUCUCGUUUUCAGACGACGUUUGUCGUACAACACAAAAUCCAACAGAAGGACGAUCGUCCGUACUCCUGGUGGUAAAUUAGUGUACCAGUACUUGAAAAAGCCCAAGAAGAUCCCGAGAUGCGGUCAAUGCAAAGAUAAGCUCAGAGGUAUCUUACCUGCUCGUCCCCAAGAAAGGUCUCGUCUCUGCAGGAGGAAGAAGACCGUAAAGCGCGCGUACGGUGGCGUUUUGUGCCACAAGUGCGUCAAAGAGAAGAUUGUCAGGGCUUUCUUGAUCGAAGAACAGAAAAUCGUCGUCAAGGUAAUGAAGGCUCAGCAAGCCUCGACCAAGGCGAAGAAAUAGAUUAGACGUUAAAAUAAAAAAUUGUAAAUUUUUA